UCCAAGCGCCGGCGGGGAGCGAGCGAGGGCUGGUGCUGGUGUGGUUCGCGCUCCGGCUGCCUUUCCCCCUCCCUCUGUCGGAGACUCCGCUUGGCUGAGGCGGGGGUUGACUCGGGGGCUCUCUCUCGGGCGCGCUGCUCUCCCGCCCGCCCGCAAUUCUGGACCCAGCGGCAUGGGGCACCGCGGGCAGAGCGCGCCCUUUCUGCUCUUCCUGCUUUUCUUCUUGGGACUAUCUGCCUCCACCCUCGGGCGUAUUGUGAAGGUGCCUGCUGGUCCCUUAGUACGAGUUGAGGGCACAGAAGUGAGAAUUCCCUGCAAUGUUACUCAAUAUGAUGGACCUAGUGAGCAGAACUUUGAUUGGGAGUUCUCUAGAAACCCUUCUCAGGACUCUAAAUUUGUAAAUGUAGUAAGUACUUGGGAUCCUUCAUUCAUGUCUCAGGAAUAUCGAGAUCGAGUUACUCGUGGAGACAUCAUGUUGAGACGCAACAGCAACAAUGCUGUGGAACUUGUGAUUGGAAGCAUUCGUCCUACGGACCAAGGGGUAUAUCGUUGCACUACGCCUAGCACUGAUUCUGUCUUUCAUGGAAAUUACAAUGCUGCAGUUGAAGUCAAAGUGAUUGCAGAUGGCUUAACUGUGACUGGAUCAAAAGCACGGUCUGCAUCUGCUUGGAACUUAUCGGAAGGGGAUUCAUUUCAGUUGCACUGCUCAGCUUCCACCAAUUCCUCGGAACACACCCAUCUUCAUGUUUCUUGGGAAUUCAAGAAUGGCCUUGUGUGGCAAGAAAUCCUCUCUUUAACGCAUGAGGGCAAAUUUCAGCCUGGCCCAGAUUAUAACGAGCGCUAUAUCAGUGGAUAUGUGCGUUUAGAUGCCAUGGCCAAUGACAUUUACCGCUUGUCUGUGUCUCAGGCUCUUCCAUCAGAUGAGGGUGCCUACAGGUGUCGAGUGAGUGAGUGGGUUAAAGAUGCAGAUGGCUCAUGGCAAAAGAUCCAAGAAAAAAGUGUGGAUGUAGCUAGUGUUGUGGUGCAGCCAACAGCUUUAGGUGUGUUCAUCACCAGAACUAAUGUAUCUGUGACAGAGAGAGAUUCCCUCUACCUUACCUGCAACUUCACAACGGAUAGAAGUGGAAUUUUCCAAGCUGAGGUCACAUGGUACUACAGUGAGUCACCUGAUGGCCCUAUGGAAGAUGCUCAGAUUUUGCUGAGUGCAGACCGUGACUCUGUAAUUAGUGAUUCUACUCUAAUUAGCCUCAGCCAUGUGGACCGAAGUUCUUACCACCUGUUGGUACGUGACAUGAGCAUUGAAGAUUCUGGCUAUUACUUCUGUCAAGCAGCUCUAUGGGUGCCACAGUACAAUGGUAGCUGGCAUAAGGUAGCAGAAAGAACUUCUGUGCCUGUCACUGUGGAGGUGACUCCAUUAGAGCCAAAUUACCAUGUGUUUCUCAAUGCUUCUAAAAUGCCAAAAUAUUCAGAGGAUCCCACAGAACUGGAAUGUAGGAUCACAGAAGUGCAAAACACAGAAGCAAAUGUCCGUUACACUGUGUCUUGGUACUACAGACUGCCUUUACGUAGUGAUGAAGUGGUUAAAGAUGAACUUCUUGCCACUAUGGAUGCAGACUGGAUGCUGGCAGUUGGGGAGAGGAGCAAACAACGAGCCCAGAAUGGGGAAAUAAUUUUUUCUAAGCCAGCUGUGAACACCUUCCGCUUACGAAUCCAGUGGACCUCAGAGGCAGAUAAAGGAGAGUAUUAUUGUAUAAUUUCUUCAUGGAGCAGGCAGCGCAACAACAGCUGGAUAAAGAUCAAGGAUGUGGCUUCUAUGCCUGUAAGCAUUUUAUGGUCUACUCAAGAUUAUGCACUGACUGUAGAAGCUGUGAAGCUGAAGCCGUUCUUCAUGGCUGGGCACACCUUUGAAAUGACAUGCAAGGUGUCUUCCCGGAACAUCAAAAGUCCUCGUUACUCAGUCCUCAUUACAGCAGAGAAGUCUCUGAAUGACCAUUCAAAUGCCAAUGGAACCAUGCGCAUCAUUUCCCUCAAUCAAGAUUCAGUGGUGAGACGGGAAGAUUGGACAGACCAGGACCGGGUGGAUGGUGUGGUCCUAGAGAAGGUCCAGGAGAAUGAGUUCCGCUACAGAAUGUACCAGACGCAGAUUUCUGAUGCUGGGCUGUAUCGUUGUGUGGUGACUGCAUGGUCACCAGGGGGUGGAGGCAUGUGGCGAGAGGCAGUCAAUGGCUUAUCCAACCCCAUCCAGAUAGACUUUCAGACCUCAGGUCCUGUUUUUAAUGCCUCAGUCCAUUCAGAUAAUCCAACAGUUUAUCGGGAUGAGCUGGUGAAUUUACUUUGCAUCAUAACCAUUGAAGGAACGGUACUCAAUCCAGAUGAUAUGUCCUUUGAUGUCUCCUGGUUUGCGGUGCGUUCUUAUGCAAUGGACAGACCCCCUGUUUUCCUAGCUUCCUUGGAUCGGAAAGGAAUUGCAAUCCAGGCCAGAAGGAAUGGGAGUAGUGAUGUCAGCUUGGCAAAAAUUGCCCCCCUGGAAUUUCAGCUUAGAAUUCAUGGCUGUGAAGAUCAGGACUUUGGUAACCAUUACUGUGUGGUAAUCCCAUGGGUCCGGUCAGCUGCAGGUGUCUGGCAACAGGAGAUGGAGGUCAAAUCCAAGCCCAUCUUUGUGACAGUGAAAAUGGAUGUGCUGAACGCUUUCAAAUUUCCACUCUUGAUUGGCAUCGGCCUUGCCACGCUCAUUGGACUCUUAUCUUGUCUGAUUGGCUACUGCAGUUCCCGCUGGUGUUGCAAGAAGGAAGUUCAAGAAACCAGGCGAGAGAGACGCCGGCUGAUGUCUAUGGAGAUGGACUAAGCGUAAAAAUGAGAAGUGGAUGCAUACAUUUCAGAAGGGACUUUUGGCAGGCCUAAGGCCACUCUGCAACUUGAGUCUGUUGCAUCAAAAUGCCCCAGUAACAAAACUGUCUGAUCUUGUCCUGGACUUAGGAACUGCUCCUUUUCUACCCGUGUUUCACACUGAGAGCACAUGUCAUGUUUGUUAGCCUUCAGCUUGUCUUCCAAUGGCACUUCUUUUGGGGAUUGUUCUCUCUCGCAGGUUAACUGUUCCACAGUGUUCUUCCAGCAGACUUUUAGGCAAGAUUUGCUACCAAGAUUUGCUUUUAAAAUCUCUUUUCCUUGUUGGUUUAAUUAGAAGAUGGAAUGGGAAGAGCUCAUAGGAAGUAAAUGGCUGCCAUGUAACUCCCAGCUGCAAUCUCUAGAGAAGGAAAUUAAUGUUUAUUGCUCUAGAUAUAGCUUGUGAGUUGACAAUCUCCUGUUGCUAGUGGGAGUUCAUUCCAAGUUAGCACUUGGAUUAUUUUGUCUAAGGCCUUUGUUUUUAAAAUGUUGCGGGUUUAGUGGCACUGAAGGCUAAUAUCAGACAGCAAUACAACCUCCUUUUACAGUGUCUCUUUCCACUGUAGUUUAUAUAGUACCCACCAUUGUUGUUCUAGUAAGAGGUGUUUGAGUCUCUGUGCCCUAAUUGUUCCAACCAUCUCAGCAGAAUCCACCACCAGAUUUUCCACUUCUUCUUACAGUGUUAAUGGAUUUUGUGUAACAGCCACUGUACACCUGGGAUGGAGACUGCUAAAUGUUCUUACAUAUAUCAUAGGACCAUGUAACUAAAGGACCUAGAAAGUCUGGAACUGAGCAUGAAUCCUCCUGAUCUAAACAUUUCAAUGCUGAGGUUUUAAAAAAAAAGUCACAUUGGGUAGCAUACCAUGAGUGAGGUGCACCAAAACAGAGAUGCCUUUAGGUCAGUGAACAUGUGACUAGAUCCACAACAAGCUAUGGUUUGCAUAUGCUACUAACUGUGCAAUCACCAUGCAGAGUUUGAUGCUGGAGCAAUGGGUCAGUAUCUGCAGUUGUUACUCAGGGUAAGGAAGGGAAUGGAUUUUGUAGGAAAGAAGUCCCUGGAAGUUCUUUCAUGUAUGCCACAGUUAUAACAUUGCACUGUGUCCUUUGUCUACUAUCUAGGACUGGCGAUUAUUUAUCAUCAUGGGGCUCUUUGCUGCUGCAGUAGAGAGACCAAGAUCUUGUCUUCCACAUACUUGUUCAUCCAUGAUCCCAAGAGCUGCGCCUCUGAUUUAACUGUGAUUCAAGGCAUCGCCUUCUUCCAGCACAACCAGUAUUUCUAAGCAAUAAGUCAGAACAUAUACAUUUUACAUACAAUAUUCAGCAAAAGACUUAUGUGGCUAGAGUCAUUGACUGGAAAUUUAACAGAGCAAGUAACCAUUUUUUCCUUUCUUUGUGAAAUUGUAGAGUAAAUGUCAGAUGAUCUUUGUUAUCCAGUGGGGUUAAAGCCUGCAUUUCUUUGCGUAGUUCUGCAAGCCUUUAUCUGGGGAUAUGCAUCUGAGGCUCCUGAAACUGCACUGAACUUGUGUACAUGUCAGAACACAACAGAAACUUUACAAACUUGUAAAGUGCAUAGAGUCAGUGUGGUUGGAGUUGUAUAGAAGGAGUAGUAUUGGCUGGCUGAUGGCUGUAUACCUUUUUGGUAGGCUUCCCCAUCACAAGCUGCCCUGCAUUGUGCCAGUCUGCUUGCAUUGUUCAUUUGAUAUUUCACUCAUCUAGAUAAAUCCUGUGACUUAAUAUUUUAUAUGAUGGACCAGUACUUGAGGGGCUUUUACCACAUUGUCAGACCUGAUUUUUUUAAAAGAAGUAGAAAAGGAACAAUUAUUUAAAGCACAAACUGCCCUGUAUUGCAUGUUUUAAUGCCAAGUCUCCCCAUUAAUACAUAUUUUGAGGGGAAAACAAUUUAAAUGCAAUAAUUAAGUUCAGAAUAACUACUUCAUACAAAGGUGAUUGUCUUGUGGGAGUGAUUGCCACAUGAUGAACUGAAUAGCUGGUGACUAGUUCAGUUAGCUUUAAAAGUGCAUUGGAGAAAUUAAUGGAGAAUAGGGCCCAUCAAUGGCUAUUAGCCGCAAUGAGUAAAUAUACUCUGCAUGCUGAUCCAAGGCAGUUACCAUCUAAAUACCAGUUCUUAGGGCAGAAAAAGCUUUGGCCUCCAUGCUGUCCUUAGAAGGUUUUCUAGGGGCAUCUGGUUGGCCACAGUGUGAAAUGGGGUGCUGGAUUAGGUGAACCAUUGGUUUGAUUCAGCACAGCUUCUGUUGUGUUGAGAAAUGAUUAAGUUUCCUCACAUACUUGUUGCACACUGACAUUGUCUCUCUAUGGAAAGAAACUCAGGGUUAUUUUGGUUCAGGGAUUCCUUGCCUUUCAUAGCAGGGCUCCUAUUCAUUGAGUUGUUGCCCACCCCACCUAGACCAUAGGAAAAGUCAUUUUGCUUGCAGACAGAAUUACUUGGUCAAUAGGUUACAUUGUUGUUCCCUCUGAUUUGAGGCAAUGCUGCCUCCCCUGUACUAAACUGUACCUUGAAGUAGCAACACUCCAGCAGUCUCCUUCCAAUUGUGCCAAUUUUAUACUAUCUCCUUUUUUAACAGUAGAGCUUCUCUCUUCAGAAAAUUCUUACCUGUUUUGUCUUAACUUCCUCCAGUAUGUCUUCAGAGAGAAAGUUGCAUGGGAUUCCGUUAUGAGGUCAGCAAUAUUGUCAGAGUUGCAACCAUGGAAUCAACAGUCAAGUAUUCUAAGGGCUUCCGUCAAUCCUGAUUUGUCUCUUUCCAUGCUUCCAGCUCACAGCUGGGAAUUCAGGGCACUUGGGAUAUGAAUCGGGUAUGUUUUCAAAGAGAACUUGCUUAAAGGAAGGGAAGCUUUUUUGUUUUUCAAAGAGGGGCUUUGGCACAAUUCUGGAAGCUUUUAAAGAAAUUUGUUAAGCACGGUUCUGGAAUGUAGGAAUUGGGACAAUUACUAUGAAGUGUAAUGUGUUUUUUACAUUGAAAAUAAAUUGUCUUUUUAUAAAUAA